GAACUAAAAUACCAAGAAGUUCAUGAAAAAGAAUUAAUAGACAACCUUCACUCAACCGGAAAGUUAUUAACCGUUGAGAAGCUACACCAGCAAGUGAGCAAGUACUGGAUCAUGGCAGGAAGUGCAGCCCCCAAUUCAUCUCAGCAUGCUCUGUGACAACCACUGCUUCUGGGGUAAUAUGUGUUUUAACCUUUCUCUUGCACGGUGUUACUGUGUUGUGGACAAUUGCUUUAUGUACAGAUCCGGAUUCAAAUCCUACUAAACCCUAUGAUUCAGCAUAUAAUGGGUCCACGUUAGGUAUUUUCAUAGUACAAUCUAUCGGAAUCAUACUUGGUACAGUUGCACCAUUUGCUAGAUGUUUUGCAUCCAUAAGCUUUAAGCUGUCCAUUAAAAGCAUGUUUAAAGUAGAGAAAUACUGGUUUCAAAAGUUACUAGACUGGAAAUAUGGAAGUAUUUCACUCCCAUUACUUCGUAUUUCAUUCCCAUUUGGUAAACACAAAUCCAAGGUGGUCAUCAGGACUUUGAAAGACGUAGUUCUCCACUUUUGUAUAAUACUUCAGGUGGUAGUUGUGGUAGUAUGCAAGAUAAUAGUGUUGGUCCCCUUUCCCCUUACAAUAUGUUUGCGUUGUUUGAAGUGGUUAUUUCGGGCGGUGUUUAGUUCAGGGGGGAAAACGAAUGAAAACACAGAACAACGCAAAUAUGUUUUGCAAGUUGGAAAUGAAAACCAGCUUGCUGAGAGCACAUUGAAAAGUUUAUUAAAAUCUCUCAGCGAAUUGAUCAAAAAGAGUGAAAAGAAAGAACCCAAACGUCUCUUAAAUCUAAUUAAAGAAAACCCCAAUAAAAAUUUUCAAGGAGUUAGAAUGUUCGACAAGGACGAUCAUCAUGUUCAGUGUUCACCAUCAAAAGUAGAAUAUCAAGAUUGUUGGAGCUUAACAGUGGUAACGCUAACAACCAUUGCCAUUACUCUUCCUAACAUUGAAAAGGCGAAACGUGAUAGCUUGUUGAAAAGUGUGCGGCAAGGCCUUGAAUACGUUACACUUGUAGAAGAAACGCUCGAUCUUAAUGUCAGCAUUCAAAACGCCGCAAAAAUAUUGUGGGAAGAGGUUGAUUUCCGUCACAAAUGGUUAGGAAGCAAGUUGAAAAAAAUUGCUUCUCAAGUGAAUAAAGGUGGUGCCCAAGUAGAUGCAAAUCUUCAAAUUGUUCAGUUGUUCUUGAAGAAAGCUACAUCCAAGAUCGAGAAAGGGAGGGGAAGUCCGAAUAUUUGUGCAAACUCAAUGUCUGGUGUCACUGAAAGCAUCAUUAGAGACAAAGAAAGCCACAAGAAAUUAUUCGAUGAAUUAUCAUCAAGGAUCACCGACAUAAUGGCUGCAUGUCUCACCAACCUACCUCAAGCCAUAGCAAAGAAGUGCCACACUAGUGUGAUAGAGAAAAGAGAGGAAAGUGUCAAAGUUGCAGUCAAACUUCUAGGUGAGACUAAGAAGAUAAUCAACAUCCUUCAAGAAGAUUACGAUAUUCCAAAUAUGGAACCAAAAGACUUGCCAUUUAUUGAUAAAUGGUGUGCUUAUUUAAGUGGACCCUGAAUCACAGUAAUGAAAGUGCCAAGCUAAUAUGAUUCAUAUGGACCACACCUAUUCCUCAAAGUAAAUCUGAUGAGAUCAAGAUCGAAUUAAUAUGAUCUUUCUAAAAAUUGUGUUGUAUUUUGGUUUAUAGUUAAUUUGUAAAGUUGUAACAAGUUCUUCUGGUGAAGUCCUUGUUUGUAAUAAUGUGCCCUAUCUAUAUUUUCCUACAUGUAAGAUAUAUUUUGCUCGUUAUAUGUAUUUUAUUUUUGGU